AGAAGACGGCGAAACAGCUUGGCGGACUCCCAUAUGCAUGCGCGCGCGUGAAGGGGCCGAUCUCGUGAUGGCGAAUUUUGGUUUCUGGGAACGGCAGUCAAAUACUGCGUUCUGUCUCUCUCUCUCUCUGACUUAUAAGGGGCGCACGUCGUCGUCAAAGGUCGGUGGGUUGGGAGGAUGGAAUCGGUUUCCUCCCACUUGCAGGAUCUUCCUAAAACUUCCCCCCCUGGGAGGAAGGAAACGAGAACCCCCCUCCCCAUUUCGAUGGCAUCAUGAUAACCAGCAGUUUGGGCUGCCUGAAGAUGGCAGUUUCGCGGAAGCUCAGUUAUGUUGUGGUGGUUGAUUAUGAUAAAGAGAAAGAAGAUAAUGGGGCCGGAGGAGUUUGUCAACAUCCUCGUGCAACCUAUUCAUCUUCAUAUACGCUUACAGAUCUGCAGAGUAUGUUGCAGCUGGCUGGCUGCAAAGCAAAUCACGCAUAUAAGAUUAGCAGAAGAGUAUUCGACCUUUUGGAAAAUGAACACAAAAAUAGCACUCUUGAAGCGUCUGUGAAGGAAAAUGCAGCUACAACUGCCAGGGUUCUGCCCAGAGAAUCGGAGAAAUAUUUUAGGAAUGUAAAAGAAUCGAACAUUGAAAUAUCUGAGGACGUGGAUGGUGUUUUCUCCAGUAAAAAUAAAUUGUUUGAUCUUUACAAAAGAAAUGCUAUGGCUAUUGUGAAGAGGGAAAAGUUUUUGGAUGUGAUAUGUGAUUCUCUUACGCAAUAUCACUAUGUGGGACCUAGUCAACGUUCAGAUAUACUUCUUGCCUGCAGGUUACGUGAGAAGAGGAAUUCUAUCACCAUUUUGCUUUGUGGCACAAGUGGAUGUGGCAAGUCUACUCUUUCAGCAUUGCUGGGUAGUAGACUUGGAAUUACGACUGUUGUAUCUACAGAUUCAAUUCGGCAUAUGAUGAGGAGCUUUGUAGAUGAGAAGGAUAAUCCUCUGUUAUGGGCUUCAACAUAUCAUGCUGGGGAAUACCUUGAUCCCACAUCUGUUGCUCAGGCCAAGGCUAAAAGAAAAGAUGGAAAAAUGAUUUCCGUACCAGCCAUUGGAUCUAAGGUUAUGGCUGUUGAGGGCUACAAGGCACAGAGUGAAAUGGUAAUGGACAGCCUUGACAAGCUGAUUACCACAUGGGAGGACCAUAAAGAAUCAGUGAUAGUUGAAGGAGUACAUUUGAGUCUUAAUUUUGUGAUGGGUUUGAUGAAGAAACAUCCAUCCAUUAUACCAUUCCUGAUUUAUAUAUCAGAUGAAGAGAAACACCUAGAGCGAUUUGCAAUUCGUGCGAAGUACAUGACUCUAGAUCCAAAAAAGAACAAGUACGUCAAGUACAUUUCAAAUAUAAGAACAAUACAGGACUACUUAUGCAAGCGAGCUGAAAAGCAUAUGGUUCCCAAGGUGAAUAAUACAAAUGUUGACAGAAGUGUGGCUGCUAUACAUGCAACCAUUUUCAGCUGUUUGAGGAAGCGGCAGAUGGGAAUAAGGUUAUGUGACACGGCUACAAAUACGGUUAAGGUAGUAAGUGAUGAAUAUUACAAGCAGUGUGAUGCAAAUUCAGUAAGUUCAAAGUGCAUGUUCAAAAUUAUUCAGAGACAAGGGUCCUCAAGGCGUCUUAUGGCUAUUGUAAAUUCCGAUGGUUCUGUUUCCAAAGCAUGGCCGUUCUCCUCUAACAAUGGUGACAGGACUUCACCAUGUAAUUCUACUUAUUGUAGUAAUAAUACAGUUGAGGGUCCUCUAUAUGGACCUUUGCAGAUUGGUCUUUCUGAGCCUGUAAAUGUACAGUUCGGCAAUUUUGGUAUUGGAUCUUGGCCAAAUGACAUGGAAGGGACAAGUUACGCCAGUAGCUUAAAUGGUUCAAAAGUGGACGGAGAUGAGUCAACUCAAUAUUCCUCAUGCUCCAGCUCGCCAAUCUGUUCAGAAGGACAUGCAAAGGAUCUCAUCGAGGAACUAGCAGUAUCAGAGAGUGAAGAAGAGGUUUUUCCUGAUACGGAUGACAGUUCCAGUGAACAAGACCCUCAAGAACUCUGCGAAGAUGAGUUUGACGGAUCCGUGAUAGAAUCUUCGACAAGGUCUGAUGAAGAGCUUGAUGAUGACGAGUUGAGCGAAAUACUGAACUCUGAUGGCUUCAGGAUAAACAUCAAAAGUUCAACAUCUCAAAGGACCCUGUCUAGGACAGCAUCAGGAAGGCCGGCUCGUGAACGCAGAAUAUACAAUCGUUCCAUUAGCCUUCCUGUCCUCAAGAAUCUUCCAGCGGGUCUCAAGAAAGCAAAGACGUUCAAAAUGUCGUUGGAUGUGAAUGCUCGGACUACCAACUAAUCAUUUUGCGGUGUCCCUUUUCAUCAAUAUUAUAAGAAUGGCUGAGCGUGCGGAGAAACUACAAUAUGCCAACUUAUAAAGUUAUAUAUAUAUUUUAAAUAUUUUCUUCUGAA